AUCAAAAAGACCCCAUAUCAAGUUCAAGGUUAAGCCUCCAGAAGAGAUCAUAUCACUGCUGGCUCUCAAUUGUGUUGUUGGAGGCGGUCAUCAAAUCCAAGGUUUGUAACAUUAUGGGGAAGGACUCAAAGGCAAAAGAAGGGAAGGGAAAGGGAAAGCAGGCAGCUAGUGGAGGUGACGAGAAUGCUUCCAAGGGGAAGGGGAAAGCUGGGAAGUCUGCUGAUGGGCUCGGCACUUGCACAUAUGUCAAAGCAAGACAUAUAUUAUGUGAGAAGCAAGGCAAAAUUAAUGAAGCAUACAAGAAGCUACAAGAUGGCUGGCUUAGUAAUGGAGACAAGGUUCCACCAGCUGAGUUUGCUAAGCUAGCAGCAGAAUAUUCAGAAUGUCCAUCAGGGAAGAAGGGUGGUGACCUUGGAUGGUUUCCGCGUGGCAAGAUGGCUGGUCCAUUUCAGGAUGUUGCCUUCAGCACAGUUAUUGGAGCCACCAGUGCACCAUUCAAAUCAACGCAUGGAUAUCACAUCAUAUUGUGCGAAGGGAGGAAGAAUUGAGAGGAACCAGCAUCCAUGAAGCGUGUUUCAAACAGGGCUAUAGAAAUGAAACAUUAUGCGAAUUUGCCUAUUUAACAACCUGCAUGUUGAUGGCAUAAUGUAUGGAAUAAUAGUGACUCAGUGAUGCUUCCCGUAAUAGUUUCUUGGCCAUUUAUCAUCAAAGAUGAUGGAGUCUGAAUUAAUGUUAUUUGCUCCUUUUUAAU